AAUAAAUUUCUUUUUCUCUACAGGAGACUUCAGUCCAUCUCUUUGAGUAGCAUACGCCGUCUAAGAGAGUUUACAAACAGCACUCUUCUUGAUAUUCUGUUUUACACAAGUCCUACAUAUUGUCAAAACAUUGUCAACACAGUAGGUGAGGACAUAGAGCGACUGCUGGAAAUCUUCAAGAAAAGGAAUCCUAUGUUUAGUGGAAAAUAUUCAGUGUGCGGACACAGUUUAGGUUCUAGUAUCCUGUUUGAUAUUCUUCAGCAUCAGAAAGUUCAGCGUGGCCAGCUCCCGACAGCAAAGCAGCCUACGAUUGAGCAAGUGAAUGAAACGUUGAACACAGACGGUGCUGCAGCCACUGACAACAACGACACAACACAAGACUCAGACGAACAAUCGGAUGACAAUGAAGAAGAGUCGUACCCAGCUCUCGGAGAUGCUCUAACACAGCUUGGUUUACCUGAAUACGUGGGGCUGUUCGAAUCUGAAGAAAUGGACAUGGAGACGUUUCUGCUGUGUGGCGAGGAGGACAUGAAAGAGAUGGGAAUUCCCAUGGGACCGAGAAAGAAAUUAAUGGGAUACCUGAGAAAUCAGAAACAAAACAUGGAAAAAAGAAAGCUCGAAAGAGAAGAGAACAAAAAAGCCAAGGCAGAAGCGAAAGCUAAAGCAAAAGCUGAACUGCAGAAGUUAAAAGAGGCAAGGACAAAAGAACAAACAACUUCUAGUCCUGAAGUGACGUCUUCCACAGUUUUGGCGGCGAAGCCAGAUGUAGGAGUCGGUUAUUCAUUAUCUUUAGCUUCCGUAGGCAGCGUGGAAGUCGUUUAUCAACAGGGACUGGCUGGAACGGGACAGCCUUACGUGGAAUACCCACAGCUGGAUCUCAACUUUUACGCUUUGUUUGCAUUGGGUUCCCCUAUUGGAAUGUUUCAAACUGUAAGAGGUGUCGAUGAAAUCGGGCUCAACUUUCAGUUCCCAACCUGUCCGCGACUGUUCAAUAUAUUCCACCCGUUUGAUCCUGUGGCAUAUCGUAUCGAACCUCUAGUGAACCCAUCAAUCCAGGCUGACCCUGUUGUGGUGCCACAUCAUAAGGGAAGAAAACGAAUGCAUAUAGAACUCCGUGAGAAUCUGACAAGACUGGGCGCUAAUCUUAAGCAGAGCCUCAUUGAGUCUGCGCGGAAAACGUGGGAGUCAAUCAAUGAAUUUGCGCGAGCUCACUCGACCCAGGGCGCUGACGAGCAAGACGCUGCUGUAGAGGUGGCUACUGAGGCGAUAGAGUCUCCCCCUGAUCCCCCAGCGGAGGUAGUUCAAGUAGGACGACUGAACGGUGGUCAGCGGAUUGACUACGUUCUUCAAGAGAAACCAAUAGAAAGUUUGAAUGAAUACCUCUUCGCACUCAGCAGUCACGUCUGCUAUUGGGUCUCCGAAGAUACCGCACUCUUCAUGUUGAAGGAAAUUUACAGAGAUUAGCAACAAGAUUGAAAUAAACUUAUCGAGAAUUCACGCCCACGUCAAAUUCGUACUACCAGUCAAGAAAUGAUUAAACACGUGUUAGC